UUUAAACCUGCUGUCCCCAUCCCCAGCCUAUGCAUGGCUAUGAACCUGGCACAGCUGCAGCCCAGGCUGGGGUGAAAGUGCCAUGAUGUGGUACUCAGGAGUGGGGGCAAGCACCUCCAUCCCCAAAUGAGGAUGAUGCCAUUUGCAUCCCACAUUGCUAGCAGAAUGCUUGUGCUGCUCUGGUCACUGUGACAUGGGAUGCUCCCAAAAUCUUGGCUUGCUCUGAAGGAGCAGUGACGGCUCAGCACGACCAGAGGGGAGCCUGGAGCUCUUCUGGUCCGGAGCCAGGGUCUCCCGUGCUUGCUGCUUACGUGCUCACCACACUGCAGAGGGCAACACUGUGGGGGACCUUUGGAUCUCCCCUUGCUGUGGAGCCUUGCACCCACAGGGGCUUCCAACUGGAGAAAUUUCUGGAGGGCAUGAAUCAGCUUUUCACAGCUUGUUAAAAAUCUUGAUCCUACCUCUUGUUUUCAUGCCUUUCAAAUCAGGAAAUGAGUUUUACAACUUUUCCAGUGGGGCACAGCUGGUGGCCAGGGUCGUAAAGCUGAACUUUAUAAAUAUCUCUCAUUGGGAUCAGGGGAAGAGCAUUAAAAAGGCAGAGAGGGAGAAAGAGAAAGAGAAGGCAAAGGAGCAAAGGCAAUAGAGAAGCAAAGCGAACAAGUCCAGCUCAACCAUCUAUGGCCAUGCAAGCACAGAAGAUGAGGUGUGCUUGGGGCAGGCUUUGCCUGCUUCUUUCCCUCCUCCAGCUGCCGGGCUCCCAGGCCAAGUGCUACUUCCAGGCUAAAGCUCCCUGUGAAUACGAAGGGAAACAGUUCUCCAUUGGGGAAUCGUGGCUGAGCACCAACUGCCUGCUCUGCACCUGCCUGCACCCCAUUGGCGUGGGCUGCUGUGAGACCACCCAGCACCCGAUCGACUUCCCUGACUGGUGCGAGGCCCACUACGACUCACAGACCUGCCAGAUCUCGGUAGUGCAGAAAGCCAACCCCAGCCUGCCGUGCGUGAAGAGCGUGGAGCACGAGUGGGGCUCGGCCAGCACCCCCGAGCCGCUGGUGAACAAGCUGCUGGGUGCGGGGCUCAGCAGAUAG